CUCACCAAUGCCCUUUCACACAACAUCCCACGCCUGCAUGUCCAUUCCUUAUUCCCAAGGGAUUUCCCAUUUCAACUUCCAACUACACUCCAUUGAUUACUCCCAUUCAUCUCUCUCCCUGUCUGCCAACCUGUCGAACCCAUCAACUUGAUCAUCUUAACAUAUACCAGUCGAAACCCCUGAUAAUACCAAUUCAUCAUUAUAUCACCACUUGACUGUUCUUGGCUUAAUCAGGUACACAUCAGCUGCGGUCUGAUCCGCUGACGCACAUCUUGACGAAUACUUACAGGUCCCUAGUCUCUUAAUGUCGGACGAUCCUUCCGAACAGCCUCCGCCAAAUCCAGGACCUUUUCGCACUGCCGACGAGAUAGUACGUUCCAUACUCGAUGGUGAUGCUUCGCCUUCUGAUAUCAGCCCUUCUGGAGAGUUAUAUCGGGCUAUAGAGAGGUAUUACCCUUAUUCCCGGCCGCCUAAUCGCCCACGACCAGACCUCGUCCGGAACCAUUUAACCCGUUUGGGUCAGCGCUCGUCGUCGCGGAACAGUAUGCCGUUCGAGCUCAGCUCGGAAGCGCAACGAAGAUUCUCGAGAGAGCCGCAAAGUUCUGACGCAUCACCACGCUAUAACUUACUCUCCUCUGCUCCUUACCUGCCGCCGCUGCGAUCUCUAACAAGUACCCGACGACCUUCGGCAAUGCCUUCAUCCGGUCUAUCAGGUUCACGAGCACGCGCGGCAGACCGCAUGUACGCGGCAAGGAUGCGGACUGCGCAGAGGAAUCGGAGCGAGACCAAUGACGAAGCGGGCGAGUUCUGGGAGCGACUAGAACCCUUUGACAGAGGUUCGCGUGGUACCCGACGCUCCGCCACGGGCCAGAUAGCCGAUUCGCAAUCUUCCUUAGACGAGGAACGUUUACGGGAAGACACCAAUUCUGAACUACGGGCGCUUUUGGAUUUUACUCAUCCUCCCGGCCACCCUUUGUCAGACCUUACAUUUUCAACGUUACCGCCGCCGCCGCCGCCGCCACAGGAUCCAGUAGAGGAUAAUCGACGAGUCAAGAGGCGUAAACUAGACUCUGACCGUCUGUCUAGCAGUUUUCAAGGUUUUCGAUAUGGGAAAUAUGGACAAGUGGAACCGGGUCAGCUGACCAUGGAGUUGAUGAGCUGCGAUGGAGGCAUCUUUUCUGACGAUGGCCAGAGAUAUGCAGCUGAGAAUAUUCUAAAAAAUGACCAAACCGUCUACUGCACCGAAGGACCGAGAUGCAAUAUCAUACUGAGACAUCAAGGGGCCACCGUCUUUACUCUAAAGGAGUUAAUUAUAAAAGCUCCUAGGUCUAAUUUUACCUCCCCUGUGCAGGAAGGCAUGGUCUUCGUUUCGAUGACGGGUGACCAUCUCCUGACACGGACGGCCCAGUACCAAAUUCAGUACUCGGCUUCUAGAAAUUCACCUAGGCGCGGGGAGCGGGAUAGCCAAUCCCUGACACCUAUUUUGUCCGUUAGGCACAAUGAAGAUGGAAGCACCAUGACGCACGCGCAGAUUAGAGCGAGGCGGCUAUAUAAUAUCGGCAUGGACGAUGAAGACAACAACGUCCGAGUUGCUCAGAUUCCCUCUGAAUUUAAUGUAGCACCACCCCCGUUUAGGGUCACUACGGAAUGUAGCGACGACGAGACGGAUGACCCGACUCCGAGGGGAGAUUUGGGGCCGCCCAAUAGGAUUGGGUCCUUGCCAUUCGAGAGUGAAACAAGCGAUGAUGAGGGCAAUACGAAUGAUUAUUCGUUCAGCGAAGCAUAUCAAAGAUUCCGGCGGCAUCGUAAUCGACCGAGUACUGCGCUGGAAGAGGCGGUGGAAGCUGCACAGGUGGCUACGCAGGAGGCUGUCCGUGCCGUGGGCGGGGAGAUGAUGGUUCCUUACGCGCGGUUCUUUAUUGAGAGGAACAAAAGCAAAUGUACUAUUAAGUUUGAUCCUCCGGUUUCUGGACGGUAUAUAUUGUUGAAGAUGUGGAGCCCGCAUCGGGAUCCGAGCGAAAAUAUCGACAUACAGGCAGUCAUCGCCAAAGGGUUUGCAGGACCGAGAUAUUUCCCAUCGGUGGAGUUAAGGUGACGGGGACGAAUUUAGGGGCGUUAAUGGCGGCAUUCCUAGAGGAGGAAUAGUCCAUUAUAGAAACAGAUUUAGUUAUGAAAUAGCUUCACUGGCUCCCGCUGAAAUGCGCGUGUAUGGAAUUGACUUCAUACCCAAUAUGAUCAUUGAUGCUACUUGUUGUUUUAGUUGUGAUCUUUCAUGUUAGUUGCUUGAUA